UUCCUUUCUUCUUUCUUCAACUUUCAUCAACUCAAUGAAGAAACAAAACCAGACAUUACUCUUCUUCACAUCUUUCAAAUGACACCAUUAACAACGUUCUCUCCUCUCUUUACUUCCAUCGUUAUCACGUUUAUCGCCACCAUCUUUUUGCUGACUACACCCGUUAACCCCCUCGGCUCGGCUUCCACUUUCGCCGUCACCGAUAAUACCCCCACCGUUUGCGGUAUUGUUGCUGGUGAAUCCGCCCAAAGAAUCCAAUGCUUCCAAGACAGUGAAAAUAUCACCGUUUUGCCAAAUAUUUCUUUCCAGGCUAUCUCUGGUGGUCAUAACUUCUUCUGUGGCCUCAGGUCCGAUGGUUUGAGCUUGCAUUGUUGGGACACCAACGCUGCAGUAAACUCAACCUUUCGACCGAGACGUUUGUACCAUAACCGCACCGUUCGGUUGACUGAUAUAGCCGUCGGUGACUAUCAGGUUUGUGCUAGAGAGGUCAACUCUGGCUUGGUCAAAUGUUGGAGAGGUAGGUCUUCAUUUCCAUCACCUGGUGUUGCGUUUAGGUUUAAGACAAUCACAUCAGGGAGCGGGUUCACGUGUGGGAUUUUGAGGAGCAACAGUGAAGUGUAUUGUUGGGGUGAGUAUAGUGUUGGAGAAAGCAUUCAAAGACAGUUUGGUAACUUGUCAAUGUCGAGUUUGGUUGCUGGAGAGUCUCAUGUUUGUGGGUUGGACGGAAAUGGACAUUUAGUUUGUAAAGGGAAUAAUAAUUCCGGGCAGUUGAACGUUCCUUCUAGUUCAGCUUAUGAGUUUUCUGGUCUUGCAUUGGGAGCAAAUUUCAGUUGUGCUAUUAGGCAAAGAAAUGGAUGGGUUACAUGCUGGGGAGACAAAAAAAUGGUUGAUUCCGAAACUGCUGCAAUAAGUGAUGUUUCGUUUGAGUCCAUUGUUGCUGGUUUGGACUUCAUAUGCGGGUUAACCACCAGGAAUUUUUCAGUGAUUUGUUGGGGACCAGGGUGGUCUAAUGUGCUCAAUUUACAAAGUGUUGUACCAUUUGGAAUGAUAAUUCCGGGUCCUUGUGUUGAAAGUUCAUGUGGCACAUGUGGUAUGUAUCCGAAUUCUGAGUCCUUGUGUGAUGGUUCUGGAAAUAUUUGUAAAUCAUGCCAAAUUGAGCUCCCACUUUCAGUGCCAUUGCCGCCAGUAGCACAAGCACCAUCACCAGAUCAACAUACAGUUUCUUCGCCAACAAAAACCAUAAACAAGCUUUCUUUGAUAUUUAUAAUUGUUGGUUCAGUUGGGGCCUUUGCAGGAAUUUGUGCUGUUGUUUAUUGUUUAUGGGCUGGAGUGUAUCGUUUAUUGCACAACAGAAUUUAUAGUUCCGAAGAACCCACAAUCGCUGCUGCAGAUAUUACUAACAAUGGCUCAGUUAUGCCAUCUUUAAGGACGUUCUCAAUUAGGCGCCAGGGUUCACAAACGUUGGGACGCCAAAGAAGUGGAUCGUCAUAUUCAUCUCGCACAGAUAAGACUGAGAUCUUUUCACUCUCCGAACUUGCUGCUGCUACCAACAGCUUCUCAUCAGAGAACAAGAUUGGUAGUGGAAGUUUUGGCUCUGUUUACAAAGGCAAGCUCCAAGAUGGACGUGAAGUAGCUAUUAAAAGGGGAGCAAAGAAAAACAAAUCCCAGGAGAAAGAAAGUGCAUUUGACUCUGAAUUGGCAUUGUUAUCAAGGCUUCAUCAUAAGCAUUUGGUGGGACUAAUUGGAUACUGCGAAGAAAAAGAUGAGAGGCUUUUGGUGUACGAGUACAUGAGCAAUGGGGCACUUCAUGACCAUUUGCAUAAAAAGAGCAACACUGGAAUACAUAGCAGCAUUUUGAAUUCUUGGAAAAUGAGAAUCAAAAUUGCCUUGGAUGCAGCUAGAGGGAUUGAAUAUCUUCACAAUUAUGCAGUGCCUCCUAUAAUUCAUAGAGAUAUCAAGUCCUCAAAUAUACUUUUAGAUGCUAAUUGGACUGCUAGAGUCUCUGAUUUUGGAUUAUCUCUAUUGACUGAUCAAGAAUCUGUGUCAACAAAGGCAGUUGGAACAGUUGGGUACAUAGAUCCAGAGUACUAUGUACUAAAUGUACUAACAUCAAAAACUGAUAUUUAUGGCUUAGGAGUUGUACUAUUGGAGCUUUUGACAGGAAAAAAAGCUGUGUUUAAAAAUGAAUAUGGGAGUGCAAAGGACCUGGUGGCGUACGCAGAGCCAGAUAUAUCAGCAGGGCAUCUAAACCGUGUGUUAGAUAAGAGGGUAGCCACGCCAGAUAUUAAUGAGGCUGAGGCGGUGGAGAUGGUGGCUGCCAUUGCCAUUCAAUGUGUCAACUUAGAAGGAAAGGAGAGGCCGAAUGUGACUGACAUUAUUGUUACUUUGGAGAGGGCACUAGCUCUUUGCGAGGAUACUAAUGUUGUUAGCUUCUCUACUACUACAUUCUCAUUCCCUUCUGAUUGAAUUACCAAAUUUCUAUGUAAUUUUUUCAUUUUUUUUUUGUUCCCAUUUUUUCGUUCUUUAACUUGUGAUUUCAUCUGGGUAUAUGCCUUUUGUUUUUGUUAUUGAUAGACUUAAUUUAGAGGCUUAUUA